UUUUUUUUUUUACGCAUCCACACUGUAUAUUAUCCACGCGCUCUGUCUCCGUCGCACCACCCGUCUUUAUUCUAUCCCGGCGUCUCAUUCUCGCACGCCGUCUCUCUCGACGUCGUCCCGUCCCUCUCGCUUGCCGCGCGUCUGUUCGUUCGGUCUUCCUGAUCUCCGCCGCCGCGGACGUCCCUUUUUGCACGCGGGCAACAGGUUAAAACGUGCACAGACUCGCGCACCGCGGCUGACGCGCUGCUUACAUGGUUUCCAGACAACCACCGCUGUCGUUGUACGCGGCCGUCAGAAAAAUGUCGACGUUUACCGGCCAGGCGGACAGACAUAGAGGCGUCGUCGUCAAAUCCACCAUAGCCGCCACGGAACAAGAGAAAUCGGCGGAAUUCGGACCCAAGCUUGCGAGAUCUCUGAUUAAAUGGUCGGCGGAUGAACAGGUGCACUUGGUAUGGUUCCGGAUAGCUCGGCAGCAUGCGCAUUGGAUUUCAGAAUUGGCCAAAAACAAUUUCCUGUUUCACAGAACAUCACCGGACGGUAACGAACUGUGGAUGUACAAACGUUUAAGGGGUGAAAGCACAUCUACGGUUGACUCCCCUCAUACAUAUACAGGCGCAGGAGGUCUAGUGAUACGUAACGAUCAUUUGUUAGUCGUCAAAGAGCAUAGCAUUCCAUUUUGGAAAUUGCCUGGAGGUUAUGUAAAUUCUGGAGAAAAUAUUGGCGACGCUGCUAUUAGAGAAGUAUUUGAAGAGACGGGCAUCAGAGCCGAAUUCGUAUCGCUAGUAGCGUUCAGGCACGUUUUAAGUGGGAGUUUCAAUUGUGCUGAUAUGUAUUUCGUUACAAACUUACGACCGUUAACUUUCGACAUUGUGAUUGAUAAAGAGAUAUCAGAGGCUAAAUGGAUGAAGUGCGAAGACUUUAUAACGAGUCCAGAUGUUGGCGAACACAGCCGUUUUUUCGUUAAAACGUAUUUCGAAAAUUCUAAAAACGGCAUCACGAUAAAAGCGAAUAAAACAAUUCAUCAGUUUACUAAUAAAGAACUUAUCAACUACACCGCAUCCUACGAUGUACCGACAAAUUCUAGUUCAGAUGUUUAAGCGCACAUUAUGGGAAACAAUUAUUUCCAAUACAUUGUUAAGUGUACAUUAUACACUUAAGUUAUUGUUUGUGUUGAACAUAUUAUUUAUACUAUUAUUAUCGUUGAUUAUUUAUAUUGUAGUUUCGAAUUAGCUGCAAUAAUGCAUGAUGACAAACGGUCAAAAAUAAUUAAAGUACACAUAAAUACAUAAUAUUAUAAUUUGUUAUCAUGUAGUAUAGUAAUCCGUAGAUGAUGCAUAAGUAUAUACGCUGUCAGACUGUUUAUAAUCUGUGUGCCAUUAUAAGCAUGUUCUUGUGUAAAUAAAAUAUUUUUUUGUGUCAAAAA